AUGUCAACAAAUAUGGCGGCGCCCGUGAGCGCCGACUCCUCCGACGGUCCGCUUCUUCUCCGUCUGUAAACACAUCUGCACCCGAGCAGCUUCAGUCCGACCGGCCCAACGCGGGGAAACGAGGGCCAUGUCCAGACUGGCGGUGGUGUGUGGCGGCUCCAGGGGGAUUGGGAAGGCUGUGUCCCAUCUGCUGGCACAGAGGGGCUGCAGGGUAGCUGUUAUCUCCAGGAGUAAAGAUGCUGCGGAUGCUACUGUGGCUUCUCUACACGGAGACAACCAUGUAGCUUUCAGCUGCGACGUCUCCAUCGAGCCGGAGGUGCAGAAAACUUUUGAGACCAUUCAGAAGACCUGUGGAAAGAUGACCUACCUUGUAAAUGCAGCAGGCAUCAACAGGGAUUCCUUAUUACUGAGGACUAAGCCGGAGGACAUGGUGUCUCUCCUUCACACCAACCUGCUGGGCUCCAUGUUGACCUGCAGGGCCGCGCUGCGCAGCAUGCUGCACGUCCAGGGGGCCUCGAUUGUCAAUAUAGGCUCUGUUGUGGGCCUGAAGGGGAACGCCGGCCAGUGUGUCUACAGCGCCUGUAAGGCUGGUCUGGAAGGCUUCACUCGCUCACUCGCUAAAGAAGUUGCUUCACGAAGUGUCAGAGUCAACCUGCUGGCUCCAGGGUUCAUUCACACUGACAUGACCGCAGCGCUGAAGGAAGGCGACGGAGGGCGCUACAUCCCUCUGGGCAGAUUUGGGACACCGGAGGAGGUCGCCCAGGCGGCCCUUUUCCUCUUGGAGUCUCCGUACGUCACCGGACAGGUGCUGGUGGUGGAUGGAGGUCUGCAGCUGGCCAUGUAGAGAGGGUCAGACGAGGUGAACGCAGGAUUCUCCACAGUUGUGGUUUUGUUUUCUGGACUCUUUAUGAUUGUACUUAAAGGUGCACGGUGACACCCACACACUUCAACUGUGAGACUGUUUUGGUUUGUUUCACUCCUCACAGUGAGACGCGAGUGGAAUUUAUAAUUGUUUUUAAACAGACUCUUCCAUGUACUUCACAAAAAGAAUUAAAGAAAUAAU